AAACUGGUCAAUGAGGUGUUCCAGACCCUGUGGUUUACGCCCGUGCGCGAAAAGGAGUCGGUGAAGUUGUUGCGAAAAGUCAUGAACAUAACGGACGUGGUCGCAGCCUCCAAAGAGACGGGCUAUGAGUGGUUUGAACAGUUUCUGGAGAGCUUGCUCAGCAAAGAGGAGGGUGAGAAAAUCCGACCGGUUGAGAAAGCCUGCGUGCAAAUCGUAGAGUGCCUUGUGCAAAACAUCAUGCGUCUUGAGGAAAUCCCGGGGCAGACGAAUCGCCUGGUCGCCUGUUUGGCCACACUUCACCUCUUUACCAAAAUCAGACCUCAGUUGAUGGUGAAGCACGCUAUGCUCAUCCAGCCCUACCUCUCGAUUCGUGGCCAUGGCACCUCGGACGCUCACAUACUCCACUACGUGGCGCGAAUCCUGGAGGUUACGGUACCCCUGCUGGAGCACCCCAGCGAGACUUUUCUGGCCCAGCUGGAGGAGGACAUGGUGCGACUGACCCUCCGACAGGGCAAGAUUGUCCUCGAAUCCUGUGUUGCCUGUCUUGGCGCUGUGGUCAACCAGGUUUCAAAGAAUUACAGCCUUACUCGUGAUUGCUUUUCGCGUUUCUUUAAUGCUCUGGUUCGCUUCAAGGAUGACUUAACGGCCGAACCGGAAAAACCUAUCUCACCUCAGAUACGACCAUCCAUUCUGCGCGCAUUGUUCACUGUUGGACUUCUCUGCAAACACUUCGACCCCAACGUGUUUCAACGAGGCUCGCAGUCUGACGGUUCAGUGGAACUCAAGAACUUGGUGCUAGAGAAUCUACUGCACUUUUUCUUGGAGGAAGAGCGCAGAAUGUUGGAAGCUGACGCCAAGUGGAAGGCCAACCACAAAGAAGAGUCUCUCAAGAUCAUGGGUGACGUGGCCUCUGGCACCGGUAGCUACGUCGCUCAGGCCUAUCUAAAGGACAUAAUGGAAUCCUUCUUCUCCCCCUCACCCUCCGUGCGUCUCACCUCGCUCUCCGUGAUCACUACAAUUCUGCGCCAGGGUCUGAUUCAUCCUGUGCAAACAGUGCCCUACCUCAUCGCUACGCAGACCGAUUAUGAUCCGAACGUGCGUUUCAAAGCAGAAACCCAGCUUCAAGAGAUUGACAACAAAUUUCCAGGCUUCAUAAGUGUGAGUUGUUUCUGCCUCAAUGUCCCCUCUUUUCUCUCGCCAUGCACCCUUGGGCCAGCUAAGGGUAUCGAAGGGUCGUUGUUGUAG